UACCCAAAUUUAGCAAUGGCAUUCACUUUAUUACACGACACAACACAAAAAAACAGUCUUUUUAACAUCAACACCACCACCACCAAUUGCUAAAUACGAUCCCAUCCUUCACUGCCCAACAACAACAAAAAGGAAACUCUUCGCUUCACUUAAAUCCACGUAAAAGGAAAAACCCACAGCACUUUCCCUUUCAUUUCCUAUUUUGAUUUGUUAUUUUCUUUUAGUUAAUACGAUCCCUUAACCUUAGUUAGAUCUAAAGUUAAUUUGUAGGGGAACUAGUGUUAAUUGUCCCAGGAGAACCAUACGGGAGCUGUGGAGGUUUUGAAAGAUGAGGCGGAGAGGACUAGAUUUUAGGAGACCAGUGAGGAAGAGGUUUCCCAAUGUGGUGUGGUGGACAGUGUGCGGAAUUUUGGUUUUGGUUCUCAUCGUGGUUUUGAGCAGAGAGGGUCAGAUUGAAUCAAAACCCACUAUUUCUAGGAAACCUUAUCGGCGUGACAGAAUUAUGGAAGGUGUAACCGUCACUGAUGAAAUGUUGAGCUCCAACUCUGUCACCAGACAACUUACUGAUCAAAUUUCUCUUGCAAAGGCUUUUGUUGUGAUAGCAAAAGAAAGCAACAAUCUCCAAUUUGCUUGGGAGCUAAGUGCUCAAAUCCGUAACUCACAGGCUCUUCUGUCAAAUGCUGCAACUAGGCGAACUCCAUUGACAGUUGGAGAAUCAGAGACCGCAAUUCGUGAUAUGGCACUUUUGCUCUACCAAGCUCAGCAGCUCCAUUAUGACAGUGCUACAAUGCUCAUGAGAUUGAGAGCUAAAAUCCAAACUCUUGAAGAACAGAUGAGUUCAGCGAAUGAGAAAAGUUCAAAGUAUGGACAAAUAGCUGCCGAAGAAGUCCCCAAAAGUCUAUAUUGUCUCGGUGUUAGGUUGACAACUGAAUGGUUUGGAAACCCUAAUUUACAGAAGAAACACAGGGAAAGAAAGCAAAUGGAUGCGAAACUUAAAGACAACAGUAUGUAUCAUUUCUGUAUCUUCUCUGAUAACAUCCUUGCAAGUUCCGUCGUGGUUAACUCGACAGCUUUAAAUUCCAAAAAUCCAGAUAAGAUUGUCUUUCAUCUUGUAACUGAUGAAAUAAACUAUGCUGCGAUGAAGGCCUGGUUCACUGUGAACAGUUUUCGGGGAGUGACUGUUGAGGUUCAGAAGUUUGAGGACUUCAAGUGGUUGAAUGCUUCUUAUGUUCCGGUUCUUAAGCAGUUGCAAGAUUCCGAGACUCAGAGUUACUAUUUUUCUGGCCAUAAUGAUGAUGGCCGGACCCCAAUCAAGUUCAGAAAUCCCAAGUACCUGUCGAUGCUUAAUCAUUUGAGGUUUUAUAUCCCUGAAGUUUAUCCUGCACUAAAGAAGGUGGUAUUUCUGGAUGAUGACAUCGUGGUUCAGAAGGAUCUGUCUGGUCUAUUCUCCAUUGAUUUGAAUGGAAAUGUUAAUGGAGCGGUUGAGACAUGCAUGGAGACAUUUCACCGAUAUCACAAGUACCUAAAUUACUCUCACCCUCUUAUAAGAGCACAUUUUGACCCUGAUGCAUGUGGGUGGGCAUUUGGGAUGAAUGUUUUCGAUUUAGUCGAGUGGAGGAAGAGGAAUGUGACUGGCAUCUAUCACUAUUGGCAAGAACGGAAUGUGGACCGGACAUUGUGGAAACUUGGGACACUGCCACCUGGACUGCUGACAUUCUAUGGAUUAACAGAGGCAUUGGAUCCCUCAUGGCAUGUACUGGGGCUAGGCUAUACAAAUGUUGAUCCCCAGUUAAUAGAGAAAGGAGCUGUUCUACACUUCAAUGGAAAUUCAAAGCCGUGGUUGAAAAUCGGGAUAGAGAAAUACAAGCCACUGUGGGAGAAAUACGUCGAUUACUCUCACCCUCUCUUGCAACAAUGCAAUUUUCAUUGAUACAACCGCCAACGGGAAUCUGUAGUCUUUCCACACCGUAUUAGAAGCUUGAAGGUUAAGUAAUGCUUGUAUAAUUUUAAAGAGGUCAAGCAUGGCUGCUGCUGCUGGUUGUAACAUGGUAUUUAUAAUUCAUCCCAACUUUAGUAGUUUGUUUUUAGUGUAGACUCUUCAUUCAUAUAAAAAAUUAUUUAAACAAUUUUGAUAUACUAUCAUUUAGGUCAAGCUGUAAACUUAUACGGUCGUAAUCCGCAUUAAAUCAACCUUUCUUUUCCAUUUGUGAGACCUCUGAUCUAAUGCAUCCAUUGUAAUGUUGAUAUCAGUUUGAUCUAUAGGAUGGCUUUUGUUUGUUAUUA